AUGUCUGCUGAACAAGAGACCAAGAACACCGAAGAAACCCAAGUCGGCGGAAAUCUCGACGCUGCAGGAUCUGCCUCGGGCGCCGCGAGUGUUGGAGCGUCUGGAUCACAGAAAAAAUCCGAAGAACAAAGACGAAAGCCGAAAAAACUAGGCCAGAAAGGCGGUCAAUCGAACGGCAAUACACCUCAGAAAGAAGACGCCGACGGCGAAGCGGACGGUGGCAGCGGCGGCGGCGACGACAACCAACAAGAAGCACCUUCAACACCCACGCCACAGGCCCAACCACAGAAAAUGGAGCAACAGUCUCGCUCCAAGUCGAGACAGGCCAGUCGAGGUCGCGGUCGUCCAUCUAGUCAACCACCCAGCGACACCGACAGUGCAUACCGAAGCGACGUGUCGCAGAAGGGCGGACGACGGAAUCGCAACCGCAACCGCGGCAAAGGCCAGGCUCAAGCUCAGGCUCAACAACAAGGGGGAGGCGGCGGCGGUGGUCCACUCGAUGCCGUUGAUGAAGUCGGCGAGACUGUUAAUGGAGUUGUCGAUGGUGCCCAGGGUGCCGUUGACAAUACCGUUGGUAACAUCGGCAAGGCCGUGGGCAAGCCUCACGAAGCGCUAGGAGGAUUGCUCCACACCAAGGGAGGGAAUGAAGAUGAAGACAAGAAAGACGACGAGGAGAACGAACAGUUGAGAUUACGACUCGACUUGAACCUCGACAUUGAAGUCCAGCUGAAAGCUAAGAUCCAUGGCGACUUGACCCUAGGUCUACUGUACGUGUUGAUGUCCAACUCCAACUGUUUUUUGCACCAGAAUAAAUCGAAUUGGGAUCUGUUGCUAACCUAUCACAGGAACUAG